AGGGACUUAGGUUUACAACUCGACAACGUUCACUUCUCUCAACUCCUCUCGCCCGAGCGGCCGCCACUUACGCCACUGCUGGCAAUCUGUGAAGGACCUCUGGUUUGAACGUUACUUGUUAUAAAACAAACUGGACUUCAUCAAGAUUGCAAGAUGGGUCUGGUUCAACCUUUAAUGGAUACUGAUCCGGACAGCAAGUCACCCACAAAAGUUGUGCCUGAUAAAGUUAAGUGCACGAGUAAUUGGGAGGCCACCAUAUCUGAGAUGGAAGCUAUGUUGGAUGGACAAAGUAAGGCUCCAGGGGGCACUGAGGACGUGGAGGUUGAUGUAACUGGGUGUGCAAAUAUUAUUGACACCAAGUUGGCUGAAGCUGAAGACCCAGAUGCCACUGAGUAUUCUAGUUCCUUUGGUGAUACUGAAUCUGGAAAUGAGAAAUUUUCUGGAUUGAGUGAAGCUGAAGUUGAGUCUGAGUACCGUGACCACAAUAGUUUGGACUCCCCAUUUGAUUCAUUUGGUCUUAUGUUUCAAACAAGGAAGAAGAAGUUGACAAGUCACUGGAAGAAGUAUAUUCAUCCUCUAAUGUGGCGAUGCAAGUGGGCCGAAUUGAAAAUUAGAGAGUUUAAAUCUCAAGCUGCAAAAUAUUCCAAAUUGCUUGCAGCCUAUGAUCAGCGAAAACAGCUUGAAUCAGAUCAAUUCACAUCAGAAGGUUUUGAUUCAAAAUCAUUACCAUUUUCUAAUCAAAAUCACCGGAUGAAGGCUAUGAAAAGGAGGAAAAGAAAGAGAAUUGAAGAAACAACUGAUGUACCAUCAUAUAUGCUGAAUCAUAACCUUUUCGGCUAUUUUGAAAAUAAAAGGUCUGAUGCAGAUAGUUCCUCUAUGGUUGACGAUUUUGGUAAUCCGGUGGUUACAGAACAGAAUGCCAAUGGUGACGAUAAUUUUGGCAUUAGUGAUGACUCAUCACUUUUGAAGUUUAGAGAUGAUGAUGAUUCAUUAGAGCAGAUCCUUUGUAAGAUUGAAAUGGCACAAUCUCGGGUUCAGAAGCUGAAGGCUCAACUUGACAUGGUAGUGCCCAAAAAUGUUGUGAAGUUUUCUUCCUCCGAGAAUUUGAGCCUUCUUGCACCUUGUGAUGGGCAGACCAGCUCUGCCCAUAGUCCUAAUUUCUCUGCUGGCAAUGGAGAUGCUAUAUCAGUAGGAGCUAUAUAUCCUCCAACUGGACUGCUCUCGGAGUAUGAAAUGGGCGAUCUGGUUUUGCCUGAAAGUGCACUUUCAAGUUUUGGAGAGGCUGUUUCUGUUCCAGAUAUAAUUGAAAGCACAACAAAACUGUUGUCUGCUGGUGAUGUCACCGUGCAUCCACUGCAGACUCAUGAUUCAUGUGAAGAUAUUAUGGAUGAUAUCCCGAUGCAUAAUCAUGCUGCAGAAGGCGAGAUGCACCCCUUCAAAAGCAUCAAUAACCAACAAACAGGAAGACAUCAGGAACCAGAUAGAGGUGAACAAGAAGAAAGCACCGAUCCUCCUCUUGCUCCGGCAAUGGAAGCUGACCCUGCAGCAAAAACUGGGGAGCAAUCAGCUCUGAAAUCUUGUUUGGCUUCAGACUUUCAUGUUCCUAAGAACAAGAGAAAGCGAGGGGAGCGCAAAGCUGGUUCAGCGGGUUGGAACCGCUGAUGCUCAGGUGAGCUGUGUGGCUUGUCAUUACAGUUUCUCCAUACUUUACUGGUUUACAUUAUAGAGUAGAAUACCAAUGAAUGGCAGCUUAGUUGGCAGCCAAGGCCCUCUCACCAUGUGACCUUGGGUUUAAGGGCUUGUUUGGCAGUUGUAGCCUCUUUAGCUUUGUGUACCCAAAAAAAGGAGAAUCAAACUCUUUGGUAAAAUGAUGAUCAUGGUAGACUACAGACAUAGGAUUCGAGCUUCUUAGUUUUUGGUGAAAUUGGCUCAGUUAUGAGCUAUGCAGCUUCUGAGCAUGUUUCCAGGAGCAAACUUGUGAUCAGGCUGCAUUUUACUAAUGAGAUAUCAGUGAUUGUCUA